UUGAAGAUAUGAGUAAUUGACAAUGUGAUUUAGUUUUUUAAAGUUAAGUUUUUAAUUGAGCAGAAUGCAAGACAGUCACAAGUCGUUUCUGAUCAAAGAUCUGUUGGGUGAUGUUCUUCGACCGGUGCCGGAUGGCGUCACAGAAGACCAGGACACCAGCCAAGCUUCCGACAACGACGAUGACAUCUCCGUUGGCGACAACCGCAGCGACGCGUCGUCUAAAUACGACAAGGACAAGGCCGAAACGGCGAGGUCCACGCCCGACGACUUUAAUCGGCCCGAGUAUUUCAAAAAUGAGUUUGAGAGGAACGAGAGUUUGAAGUUGUAUAAUGGUGACCUGUUUCAUAUGUACAGGCCCGAGCCAGGCAAGGAGGACGAAAACUUCGUGAUCUCCGACAGCAUCUACGGCAGGUCCAUGGACUUGACGAAGAGCUCCUUCCAAAGUCAACUCUUGGCUGGAUUUGCGUCCGUCAUGGCUGGCGGCUCUCAGAGGGAAACUCAGGAGUCAGCAGAUCGUCAACCCCGAGCCAGCUCGUCCCGCAAGCCCCGCCGCCGCCGCACAGCCUUCACCCACGCCCAGCUCGCUUACCUUGAGCGCAAGUUCCGCUGUCAAAAGUACCUGAGCGUCGCCGACCGCGGGGACGUUGCUGACGCCCUGAGCUUGAGCGAGACGCAGGUCAAAACCUGGUACCAGAACCGGCGAACAAAAUGGAAGCGCCAGAACCAGCUCCGAUUAGAGCAACUGCGUGCGCAGGCGGCCGGCGGGGGCGAGCGAGACGUCCGCUCGUUGCCUCUCUCUUGCGCGCUGCUCCCGUCCUACCCCGCCUACAUGCACUGCCAUAUGUGAGCUGUGGACUUCUGUUAG